AUGGUACCGUAUAGCCAAGCUGCUGAAGAUGUUAAACAGAGGUUGAGACCCUUUGGUAUCUUUUUUGAAAAGUCUUUGAAGGACUUGAUUAGAGGCAUUAGAUCUCAUAAUGAUAGCCCUGAGAAUUUGGAUAAGUUUCUUCAACAAGUUUUGAGCGAAUGUAGAGAUGAGGUAAAUUCUUUGGAUUUGAACAUGAAGACCAAUGCAAUCUUAAAGAUGACUUAUUUGGAGAUGUAUGGUUUUGAUAUGUCAUGGGCCAAUUUUCAUAUUUUAGAGGUUAUGAGUAGUUCCAAGAUUCAACAGAAACGAGUAGGUUAUUUAGCUGCUUCUCAAUCCUUCUAUAAGGAUUCUGAUAUAUUAAUGUUAGCUACGAAUUUAAUGAGGAAGGAUUUAAAGUAUGCAGGUGGAAAUGAUACUGUUAAAGUUGGAAUUGCAUUGAGUGGAUUGUCUACUAUUAUUACACCUUCUUUAGCUGCUAAUAUUUGCGAUGAUUUAUUUACAAUGUUGACAAGUACAAAACCUUAUAUUAGAAAGAAGGCAGUAACUGCACUUUUCAAAGUCUUUUUAGAAUAUCCUGAAGCGUUAAGGGAUAAUUUCGAUAAAUUAACAGCUAUUUUAGAAGAUGACGAUACUUCUGUUUUAUCUGCUGUGGUUAGUGUUAUUUGUGAAUUGUCAAAGAAAAAUCCAGAACCUUUCAUUUCGUUAUCUCCCCUAUUGUAUCAAUUGUUGAUUACUAUCGAUAAUAAUUGGAUCAUUAUUAGGUUAUUAAAACUAUUUACAAAUUUAUCAAAAUUCGAAGAAAAAUUAAGACCAAAGUUAUUACCAAAAAUCUUGGAGUUAAUGGAUUCAACUUCUGCUACUUCCGUUUUGUACGAAUCCAUGAAUUGUAUUAUCAAGGGUAAUAUGUUGGAAUAUGAUGAUUAUGAUACAGCUUUACAAUGUUUAGAGCGUUUAUCUACAUUCUGUGAAUCACAAGAUCCUAAUUUAAGAUACAUUAGCUGCGGCUUGUUUUAUAAAAUUGGUAAGAUCAAUACUGAUUUUAUCUCUAGAUAUGACAAGCUAGUAAUUCGCCUAGUAUCCGAUAUUGAUGUUUCCAUUAGAUCAAAGGCAAUUGAACUAUUGAAGGGAGUUGUUGACGACGACAAUAUUAAAGAUGUAGUUACUUCUCUAGUAGAACAGUUAGUUGAUGGUAAUGAAACCUCAGAAAAUAUGGAAUUGGAAACUCCAUUCAUUGACAAAUUAAACGUUUCACCUAUCUAUUUCCCUGAAGAAUACAAAAUAAAAAUUGUAAAUACCAUUAUUGAUAUAUGUUCAAUGGACAAUUAUAAUAAUAUAAGUAACUUUGAGUGGUAUAAUGCAGUUUUGGUAGAUCUAGCAGUUUUAUGUCAGGAUAUCGCAGAUGAAACUCUCGGUAUUAGAAUUGGUUUACAAUUUAGAGACAUUAUGGUUAGAAUUCCAGAUUUAAGAUCAGCAACAAUAUCCACUGUAAUUAGCGUAAUCUCCAACGAAGACGUUUCUUCUCAACUUCCAUCUGUAUUGAAGUACUGUUAUUGGAUAGUAGGUGAAUAUUCUAACUACAUCGAUAACGGAAACGACUUGAUUACUUUACUAAUGGAAAAGGAACACCCAGAUCAAGAGACUAAACAUAUUUUAGUUACUGCAUUCAUGAAAAUAUUCUCAAAUUGGAGUAACAGUGGUCAUGUAGAGAUAACAACCGUCAAAGAAACAUUGGAUAGACUAAUGACUUAUUUGGAACCCUUAUCAUUCUCAAAUGACUUUGAGUUGCAAGAACGUUCUGUUGAAGCAUUGGAAUUCUUAAGAUUAUGUUCCGAGGCAUUAGAAGAUCAACAAGAUGAAUUACCAGUUUUGUUAACAGAAGUUCUUCCAAGUUUCUAUAAUAGAUAUGAGUUAAAACCAAUUGCUAUGGGGACCCAGGAAGCAUUGCAACAAAACAUUGAAAUUGAUUUGGAAACUCCAUUUUUGAAAGAUGAAGAUUUAAAGUUACUACUAGAGGAAGAACAGUAUAAUGUUACUUCUGAUAAUUGCUCCAUUAUUUCUACUGAUUCAGUAAUGUCUAAUCAGGGCAAAUACAUUGGCUAUUCAUAUCAAGAUAAUGGAAUUGAUAGAGGUGAAGCCGAAAGCUUACAAGAAAGCAGAAAUGAAGGAAUAAAAAAAAUGGAACUAGAAAUUGACGAGGACAAAAAAUUAAAUCCAUAUUAUUUAAAUGAUGAACCUGAAAGUGGUUUAUCACCAAAAUUGAAAAAUAAUCUGUUAGGUGAACAGAUUACAUCACCUCGUCAAAAUAAAGUUUCCAUAGAUAUCAGAACUUUUGAUCAAACAAAAUUUGGUCUUGAAAUGAAAAAGACUAGAGGAAAGAAAAAGAAAAAUAAAGUAAAGGUUCUUCCUGAUGAAAUAAUACUUGAAUCCCCAGGUACUCCAUCCAUGGAUAAACAUUCAAUAAAGUCACCUAGAAUUGGUCGUCCUUCUGAUUCAGAAAGAAAAAUUUCACUGCAAUCUAAGUCUCGCUUAGAAAGUUUUGAUUUCUCACAACCAUCAACUCCUCAAACUCCUUCAGGAGCAUUUGAAAAUGGAAAUGAAGAUUUAGAAGAACUUCGUAAGAAGUUUGCAGAACAAAACUUUGAUGUUGGCAUUAAUGACAAUGGCAAUUACUCUGAUGAAGAAGUAGUCGUCAUAAGAAAGAGUAAGAAAAAGAAGUCCUCAUCUAAAAAGAAGUCAAAACAAGAGGAAACACCUAUGCUUGAUAAACAAAAAGAAGAAGUUAAUUGA